AUGAGAUUUAACGCUACAUCUACGUCAUUGGUACUUGCCGCUGUGGGAACAGCAUCUGCCGUACCUUCACCUUCUCCAACUGCAACCAUCGAUGCCUGUCAUGUGACAGAGUACGCAGCUAUUCCGGCUGCGGCUGAGGCCUGCACUGCAAUAAUUCUCGAUGGCAUAACCGUUCCUGGAAAAUCAACUAUUGAUCUUUCAAAGCUGAAAACUGGAACCAAGGUGACAUUCAAGGGAAAGACAUUCUGGGAAUAUGCCGAUGCAAACUAUGCCUUCAUCAAGGUGGGAGGAUCCGACAUUGAAAUCACCGCCGAGAAAGACGCCGUACUCGAUGGCAACGGUCAGGCAUGGUGGGAUGGUCUCGGUAGUAACGGAGGUCUUACCAAGCCAAACCACUUUAUUGAGCUGAGCAAGGUACUUGGAAAGAGUUCCGUUCACGACAUCUACAUUGAGAACUACCCCGUGCACUGCUUUAGUAUCCAAAACAGCGCUGGUCUGGAUAUCCACCACAUCACUCUCAACAACAGCGCCGGAUAUGCACCCAACAACCGCUCUAACGGCCUACCCGCAUCACACAACAGCGAUGGAUUCGAUCUGGGAAGCACCAACAAUACCAAGAUUCGCGACAGCGUCGUAAUAAACCAGGACGACUGCGUGGCUGUUACAAGCGGAAACAACAUCCUGGUCAACAACAUGUACUGCAACGGCAGCCACGGUCUUUCCAUUGGAUCAGUUGGCGGAAAGUCAAACAACAAUGUUACCAACAUAUCCUUCAAGAACUCUGUCGUUCUUAACGCUGAGAACGGAGCCCGCAUCAAGUCAAACUCGAACACCACCGGUUUCAUCUCCAACAUCCUUUUCGAGAACAUCCGUGUUGAGAACAUCUCCAUCUACGGCAUCGACAUUCAGCAAGACUAUUUGAACGGCGGACCAACUGGCAACCCAACAAACGGCGUCAUUAUCCAAAACAUCGUCAUGAGGAACAUCACCGGUACUGCGACAGAAGAAGGAAAGAAUUACUACAUCCUUUGUGGAGAAGGGAGCUGCAGUAACAUCAAAAUUGAUGACGUCAGUAUCACCGGGGGCGGAUUGGAGAGUUCAUGUAACUUCAAGACUGCGGGCAACUUCGACUGUGAUGGACACUUUGUAUAA